CAGACACAACAAUCAGUACGCAGCCGUUUAAUAAAGAAGAAAAAAUAAUCACAACAGAAAGCGCAUAGCAUGUAAAUAAGUUAAUUCAUAUAAACAUUGAAAGUUAUUGCAAAAUUUAGUGUUAUCUUUCGCUCACGAUUUAAUUAAAAUGUCGGUGUUUUGUCGUUUGUGUCGAAUACAAAUUCUCUCUCAUCCUAAUCCAAUCACCGGUUCAUCAAUAAGGCAUGGUAUGAAACUGCAAGAAUUAAUAUUCGAAUGUACUCAUAUAAUGUUAACAAAGGAUCCAAGAUUACCACAGUUUCUUUGCGAUUCUUGCGUUAUUCGAUUAGACGAAACAUACGCUUUCAUACAAUUAUGUCAUGAAUCAGAGGAAAUGUUUACAAAGCUAUUUCCUCAUCCCCCUCAGCCAGAACAGGAGCAAAUUUUAACUCCAACAUGUAAUCCCCAUGAAGCUACUAAUGUGUACCACAAAAACAAUUCAGUUGCCAUAAAGCUUGAAUUAGAGCAGGAAGCGCUCUCUGCUCCCGCAGAAUAUUCCAGUACGUUUGAUAUGUUACCUGCAAUAGACGGCAACAUUCGCAAGAUCAACAACAAAGACUGGAUUACGGAGGCUCGCUCGCAUCGUGAACGACAACGAUUAUCGACCGCGAAACGACGUGCUAAAAUGACCGUAGACCAAAGAGAACGCGAACGGGAACGCGCCCGAGUGAGACAGGCUAAGCGCCGUGCCAACCGGAGUGACGAAGAAAUACGUGUCCAACGGGAACGGGAUCGAAUAAGGCAAGCUAUGAAACGUGCCAAAUUUCGUGAAGUAGAAAUUUUGCAGCAGCAGCACCUGCAUCAGCAUGUAGCGAACCAGGACUCGACAGCGUUCAGCGGGAUAGGAUUAGGGCUGAAAUAAAAAAGGCUGCUAGUGAAGAAAUCGAGUCAGGACUGAUUCCUACCUUCUGGGUUUUGAACGAGUGUCCCUAAUAUUUGUACUGAACAAAACUCACCCGUCACAAUGGAUAUAACGACAGUAUUUCCAAAAGAAAUGUGCAUGUACUGGUCUUUGGAAAUACAUUGCCGAAUACGGAAUAGCUCCAAUCAGGACCCUUCACUGAAAAAGUAUCCACACACCAAAAAGCCUAAUGAAUAAAAAUGAAAUUUAUUAGAAUUUCCAAAGUCUGAAUGUGUAAAUAAACUGCAGAAUACGAUAUCAAAAAGUCUAAAAUCAAAUAAAAUCUCCAAAAGCAA